AGUGAUUGGACUGCUGUCUCAGAAAAACAGGUUACGCCAUAUUGUCAGAAUCCGAAGAGAGCCUUACACUUCAACACAAAAAUGACAAAAUAGCUGAUUUUAUCAUCUGUAGACGGAUAAGAUGGCGCACAUUGGGGCAAUGGAAGGUGCACCUUUGGAUGAUAGCUCUGCCCAGCAGGGGUCUGGUGUUUGCAUGCGUAGUCGACCAUGUUCCAGCGAGAGAGACGGCCAGGUGCGGGCUGUCAAAGCGGCUCUCCAGUCCAGGCUGGGGCCCUACGAGCCCGUGCUGACCUACCUACAGUCCGUCCUGGUGUGGGAGAGACCCUUACAGUGUGUGCUUCUCUACACGGUGGUCAACUUGGUGUUCUGGUUCUUCGCCCUGACCUCGCUGCGCCUGCUGUUCCUGCUGGCUUCUGGUCUGGCUCUGAUUGUCUGUGUUGAUACCUGGAGAAAUAAAAUCUGGCCAGAGAUUAGAGUCAGAAACCUGGAAGAAUCAGAAAAUGAGAGCUGGGGUCUGGUGCAGCCUGGCAUCCUCAGCGUGCCUGAACUGUGCCAUCACAUCGCUGAGGCCUGGGUCAGUGUAGCUGUCCUCACAUCCAGUGUGGUGCAGUACAAACAACAUAACCCCGGCAAGUUCUGCCUCCUGACCUGUGGCGUGUUCACCUGCGUGGCUGUGGUUGGACGCUACAUUCCUGGAUUAGUGCUCUCCUACUCUGCCUUGUGGGCCUCUCUCCUCGCUCCUCUGGGAGCCUAUCACAGGGUCUUUCAGCAUGUGUGCGUGAAGCUGGAUCCGGUCCUGCAGCGACUGGACUUCAGUGUUUGUGGGUACAUGAUGUCCAAGCCUAUUGAUAACCAGUUCCUGAGGAGGCCUCUCCGUGGUGCAGCCUCAGGUGAAGACAGUGACAGCGAGGAGGAGUUGGCUGCUUUCUGCCCCACGUUUGAUGAUGCUAUUGUUGCUAAAGAACUGGCACUGACUGAUUCCGAGCACUCCGAUGCUGAGGUGUCCUACACUGAUAAUGGGACCUUUAACCUGUCUCGUGGUCAGACCCCGCUCACAGAGGGCUCUGAGGAUUUUGACAGACACAGUGAUGCUGAGGAGUCCUUUGCUCAGGACCUCCCAGACUUCCCCUCCAUAAACCCUGACGCCACUCUGAUGGAUGACGACGAGGACACGAGCAUCGGUCUACCCAGUCUGGCCAUGUCUGGUCUGACUAGUCACCGCGCUUCAGUGAUGGAUAUGGACGCCCAUCUGGACUCUGAUCAGGAGGAUCUGGAUGAGGAGCUCUCUCUCAGUGGCCUGCCACCUGCCUCUGAUUUUGCAGGGGACUUGGCCGGAGUCAUCGCCAGCAACAUGAUCCAGGCAGCGCUGGCCGGGGCGCUGCAACCUCGGCCUCCUCCCCCCCGCCGCAGAGAAGGCCCUCCACGGGCUGGAGCCCACCGAAGCUACCGUAAGCAGUCCAGCUCUGAGCUAGACACAGACUUGGACGGAGAGGACUUUGAAAUGCUGGAUCAGUCGGAACUGAACCAGAUGGAUCCCCUCGCAGGAGGAGGGGGUAGUAGACGGGGAGAAAGCCAGGGGUCUAACUUCUUGUCUAACUUUCUGGGUAAACCUCAGUAAAAUGUGUGUGUGUGUGUUUAUGAGAGUGUGUCUGUGAGUGUGUGUCUUAAGUGCAACUUCAUGAGCAGUUUUCAUGUUGAGGAGCUGUGAUGUGAGAGAGGAAUUAGGUUCCAGCAGCCCUGCUUCUGAUUGGCAUCAGUUAUCACUGUGAAGAACCUGAUUUUUAUUUGUAUCUUCUCAAUCUCUUUUCUCCCGUACUUUCAAACCCUGAUCAUCCAGGAAAUCCUUUAUUUGUAGGCUGAGCAAUAGCAAAUGCAACAACAAACAUAAACCCCAUUCAAACAUUAAACAAACCAGCGUUAUUGACGCUUGUUGCAGAAUUGUAUUUAGGGGUACCUUGUCUAUAAUGUCUAUAAAUACAGAACAACAGUGCCCAUAAAAUCUACCUGCAGGUGGAGACAUACAGGGCUAUUUAACAUGGGACCAAAUAUGACAUUCCUGUUGGUUAGGCUGAGCCAUGUUACUUUGAUUAUGACAUUAUUGUACAGCAAUACAUGUAUUAAAUACUUAUACAUGUAUAUCAAUUAUUUUGUCAUUUGUAAAAGAUAAAUUAACCGCUCAUUGGUUUUGAUAAAUUUGAUAUUUGCUGUCCUUCAAAGUUAUCUGUCCAUGCUCUUUUACAUUAUUUCUUUAAUGUUGCUGGUUUACAGAUUUUAAUUAACGGUUUAUAAACACUCAGUUGUUGUGGAUUUAGACAGCGAUCCUCUUCCAUGAUAAUUAACAUUAGGAUAAAAGUUUAAUUUCUCCUUAUGACUUUUGCUUUUCUGCUGUCUAACAUAUGAAGGCAUCUCCAUGUAUUUUUGUUAGCUUGUUUAAUUUUGAAAACGCCCAUUACAGUCUUAAGAUAUCUGUCCUGGAGGAAAUCUUGAUCUGAGUUUUGUUGUUUAUUGUAUUUAAAGAGUUUUUCCCCUGGGGGGGUCCGUUUCUUUUUUCUGUGCAAGUUCAGAAUCUUGUUGUUGUUUAGCUUUCCUGCCCUUUAUUACAGCUCAAUAAUAUAUAAUGUCCUUGUUUAAUACCUUGUAUGUGUUUAUUUUCUUUUUUUAAAGUAAUGUUUAAACAAAUGUCCUAUGUUUUAUCAUCCUUGAAUUUCAUGUAGUUGACAGUCAUGCUGAAUUUUUUAGGAGAAGAAAUCAAGUAUUAUUGAAUUCAUGGAUAUUUUACUAUUUUAAUGGGGAAACAUGUUUACAUUUCAUCAAAGUUGAUGAUAGAAAUGUACCCUUCUAUCCUUUUUUCAGGGGGUUAGAAUGUAAAGGUUUACCGUGGCUUUGUGCUGGUCAGCCGGAUUUUCUUUUUGAUAGACAAAUCAUAUCACUUUACUGCGGAAAUGGCACUUAAAAUUGAAAUGAGCCACAGUUGAAUUUAAUUUAAAUGCAUGUAUCAAAUAGUUAUAAAAUGCUGGGAUUUUAAUAGCUGAAAGCAUUUCUUUAAAUGCGUUAUUUUCAAAUGGGAAUUGUAGCUGCAAAUGACAAGUUGGCAUGAUGGAUACAACUGCUGGAUCCACAUUUAUGGAGGUGAAAAAGAAAAACUGUGCACUGAUAGAAACUUGCUUGGAUUUUUAGGGUGAAAGGAAGAAGGAGGAGGAGGUGAACAAGUUAGACUUGAUUGUUUGACUUUGUUUUGCCACCUCAGUUAACCAGAAUGUCGCUCAUUGCUGCUCCAUGAAGAGUCUGUUCCUCAGUUUGAUCAUGUAACGUGCAUAGUAGUAUAUUUUCUUCUCUGUAACUGGUUUGAUAUGUUUUGAUGUGAAAAUCGUAUUGAAUAAAAUGUUUGCAAUUAA